AUGGCUGAAGACUCGAAGCCUCAGAUCGAGGAGCCCCAGGCGCCCUUGGUUCUGCCAGAGUCCCUCCAGGGCAUCGCCAAGAAGAGCCGCAAGAAAAGACCCAAGACCCUCGUCAGCCGUGGUCCUACAGCGCUUCCAAAGAAUCGUGGAAGUGGUUUUGAGGAGUAUUUCGCCGAUCCGCCUCUGACGCCCGUUGAGGCCACAGAGGAGAAGAAUGAGAUCUACUCUCCAGACCUCCCUUUUGCUGAGCGCAUGCAAUCUUGCAUCCAGCGUUUCCGCUCCCGACGUCGUCUCCAGGGCGACCGCGGUCUCUACUUCAACGAGUAUCUCUUCCUCGGCGGCGUCGAUACCUCGCCUAACACCUUCGGCGGCCUCAGUCAGCAAGAACUAAAGGAACUGACUCCCGCCCAGCGCCGAGAGGCAACUGCCACAGAUAUCAUCUGGGCCAGCUCUCAGGGUGGCGACAAGUUCUACGAUGGCGAUGACAAGAAGUGGACUGUCGAUUUCGCUGCUGUCGUCGCAGGCUUCUUCUCCGUCAGUCUCGUCCACCUGACCUCCUUUGAGCCCAAGAAAAUGGAGGAGGGUAUCGACACGAUUAAGAACUUUCUUCGAUACGUUCUCCAGCACGAUGUCUGUCCUGAGUACGAGGACAGUGUAAAUGAGGCUCUCGAGGUGUGCAAGACUGCGAGCAUCGAGUGGCCCAUGAUCCGACAGCUCAUGGCUGAUCUUCCCGGCUACUUCAACCUCGCCUGCUCAGAGAUGUUCCACCACGGAUCUACCACGGAGCAUUGGUCAUUCCAGACCUUCAAGCGACCCAAGAAUUUCGACCCCAAGGCUGUCUUUUUCGCGGCUUUUGCUCUCAUGGACGAGCCUGAACUCUUCGAGAAGCUUUCUCUCAAGGAGCCCAGCUUCUCUUGUGGGUUCACCUGCACUCUUGAGCUGGUUGAAGUCAUCCGCCCUGAGGAGGAUAUCGUCAAGCGAUUCAACUCUCUCGUCAUCGGUGACAAAGUAGCGAACCACGUCCCUGUUGGUAAAGCUGUCUUCAAGCAGGGCUACAUUCAGGAUGACUGGGAGAAUCCAUGGGCUGGUGAAUGGCCUGUCAAGGAGGAGACCAUCACUCUUUUCUUCGACGAUGCCCUUCUGGCAAACAUGAUGCCGGGGUUGAGGAUGGUUGCAUCUAUCACCGAAUUGGAUGCGGGACUGCGGUUCCUCAAGUCCGUUGAGAUGAUUGUCCCGUCGUUCUUCAUCUUUCUCCCUCAGGAAAUGAUGCGCUACUACAAGGAGCCCAGAGUCGAUGAUCGCGCUGCUCCCUCCACCCGAGAUGGACAGAAAGAAAAGGGUCUUGAGGAGGACGAAUACUGA